AUGCGCUUUCUAAGUUCAAGCAUCAAUACUAUAACCUUUAUUACCUUCCUGGAUUUUGCCUCAACGGUAUCUGCACACCCAGCAUCUGCAAAAACGACAUUGCAUCAUGUUGAUUCUUCCGCAUCCCAGAUUCUCGACCAAUCUAUCUCUGCCUCUACCUCUCCUAUUCAAUCCCCCGCCUCCUCCAUCUAUGCGCCACAAUCCUCGACCCACGACGAUUCCCUAAUAUCCUUAUCUCUCUUCCACUCUCUAGAAGAAUUAGCUCGCCUUGUCGAUAUAUCCUACUGUGUCGGCACAAGCGGUAUCGCGAAACCGUUUCAUUGCGCCAGCCGCUGUGAUGAAUUUCCGGGGUACGAGUUGGUGGAUACUUUUAAUACUGGGGUGGCAAAAAGCGAUAGUUCGGGAUAUAUUGUGCUGGAUCAUGGAUUGUCGAGUGAAGAGAGUGAAGGGAGUGAAGGGAGUUUUGUUGGAGAUGGAAAAGGCAGGAUCAUUGUGGCGUUUAGGGGUACUUAUUCUAUUGCGAAUACGAUUGCAGAUUUGAGUACGGUGCCGCAGGAAUAUAUACCAUAUCCGGAGAGUCCUGACAACCCUGACACUUCUACCGAAGCUUUUGAGAGAAAUACUAUACAACCAUUUAUCGACCGAAUUCCUCGACCUUGGUCUUUUUGGUGGACACACAAAUUGGGAACUGUAACAUCAGGGCAUAAAUCGGGGGGGACGGAGAGAAAGUGUACAAAUUGCACAGUCCACACUGGAUUUUACUCUUCAUGGCUCAACACGCGUCCAUGUAUCCUACCUCAUCUCAAUGUGUUGAAACAGAAAUAUCCAAAUUAUCAGCUGCAUUUUGUGGGACAUUCACUUGGUGGAGCAGUCGCCGCUCUUGCUGCAUUGGAACUCGAGGGAGGUGGAUGGAGGACUAUCGUUACAACCUUUGGAGAGCCGAUGAUUGGGAACCAGGGGCUAAUGGAUUUUAUUGAUGGAGCAUUCGAAUUGAAUGAGGGAAUGCACGAGGAUAUGAAUAGGAGAUACAGAAGGGUAACACACAUAGGAGAUCCGGUCCCACUCCUUCCAUUGAGAGAGUGGGGGUAUAGAAGUCAUGCUGGAGAGAUAUACAUCGGGAAGGAGGAUUUGCAACCCGAAGCUCAAGAUGUCCGUCCAUGUUACGGCGAUGAAGACACGAAUUGUAUCACAGGGAGCGAUAGUGACAAUUUAUGGUUUCGAGGAGAGGACUUAUCAACCAUCAUCCCCGUAGAUUUCCUAGACGAACUUCGGACAGGGAAAUGGGAUAUUAAACAAGAAGCUGCAGGGGAGGAAGCGGAGAAAUUGGAGAGUAUCCAGAGGAGAUGGCCAACACUGCCCAUCCCAACAAGAUAUAAACUCUGGCAAUUAUUCUUUGCACAUCGAGAUUAUUUUUGGAGGUUGGGGGUUUGUUUGCCGGGUGGAGAUCCGCUGGAUUGGAGGAGACCGCGUUAUAAUUUUACGGGGGAGGAAACGGAAAUGGAGAAGGAAAUGGAGGAUGGGAUAGGGAUAGGGAUUGGAAGGGAGGAGCUUUGA